GAUAUUACUCUCCGAAAAAAGAAAAAUGCAGAUAACCAAGCCGCCUUCCGCCAGAGGCGAGCAAACUACAUAGCGACUCUAGAAGAGACAGUCACUAGUCUCGAGUCCGUCCUCCUCCAGCUUCAGGAUUCAUGUCGUGAAGCACGAUCCGAAGCUGGGUAUCUACGACAAGACAAU